CUGCCUCAGGCAGUGCCUCCUGUCUAGAUUUAAAGCACUUUGGAUUCCUUCGAGGCUGUGCUUUUCUUUCUUGUCACUCCUCAUUCUCCUUCCCCUCCAUUCUUUUCUCCAGUUCAGCUCUGGCAACAUGCUCUGACCCUGAUUCGUCUGGCGCAGGAGGCUCUGCAUGCACGCAGUCUAUCAACGACCCUCAACCAACCAUCUCCGUCCUGUCAUUGAUCACCGGAGAUAAGCCUGGAGACUCAGCUGUCUUUGUGGGCCAUAGCAUAUAAAGGAACACCUCCACCAACACUCCACAUCUACAGUCCUUAAAUCCCAAUCAUCAAAUAUGACCGUCCUCUCCCUCCUCUGUGGGUGCUUCCGCCGCCCCACUGAUCAUCCUCCCCAGGAUCAUCCCCACGAACACCGGCAUCCUCGCGAUUCAGAUCCAGAUCCAACGCAACACGGACCGGCCGUGGGCUCCGACCCUCCGACCAUUCCCGAGUCCGGCGAUGCAGGCUACGCCGCAAUCACGCCCCUACCAGCCUACACGCCCCAUCCAGUCGAGGUGCGCGAAAAGACCCUCGAGGCCCACCUGCGCGAUCCGCCCCUAUCGUCGGAAUCCUUCCCCCACCACACCGCCGACCCGGACGCCAAGUCCAGCUUUCACCAUCACCACUACUACUACACCCCGCACUUCCCCAGUAAAAAUAACGAGGACCUCACGUCCGACGUGUCCUCCGCUGUCUCCUUCACAAGCAGCUACGGCAACACGUCCACCGCUACCCGCGAGACCCCUCCCCCGCCGUACUCCCCGCGGGGCGUGUCGCCGUCGCCCUCGUGGCGUCUGUACCGCCAGCAGUGGGCUAACACAGCUGCCAAUUCUUUACCGUCGUCUUCGUCCACGGCCUCGUCGAGACGCCAUUCAAGGUCUAUGUCCGUCUCGUCCGCGACGAGUCUGCCUUAUCCGGGUGUACCUCCGCCGGCGCCGGUGCCGCCGCUACCCCCGUUACCUAUGGCGCAGGUGACGCCGCCGAGGCCGGUCCUUAGGCGGGGCUUAGGGGUGGGACGGCGGAGUGUGGAGGAGAUGGCGAGGAGAUAUUCGUGGGAGAGUCGUUGACCUCCUUCCUUUCUUUUCUUUCCUUUUUCUUGGACGUUUUGGCUUACUAUCUGCACUAAUAUACUUAAUACAUGGGAGGGGUGUGGGUGUUUGUUUGAUCGCUUGAUGCGUGGAAUGAAUGUUACGAUGUGGAUGAGGAUGGAUAUGGAUAGCUACAUGCAUGUGGU